AAACAAACGGCACAGAAGAAACCACAAACACAAAAUCAUGGCCAAGAACGCUUCCAUGUUUGUGAAAAUGGCUGCGAUAGUCUCGCUUGUCCUAAUGCUUGUUGUACUCACAGAAAGCAGAUCGACUCUAGUUCGUGGCCUCAAGGAGACAAAUGCAAUCAUUUCAUGUAACCAAGUUACUGGAGUGGAAUCCGGAGACGAUUGCACCUCAAUCAGCGAAUCCUUUAAGUUAACUCUGCAAUCUUUCUUGGCCAUUAAUCCCAACAUCAACUGUAAUUCAAUGUUCGUGGAUCAAUGGGUUUGUGUUGACGGAAAUGUGACCAUAUAAUGAAGCUUGAACAAGAAUAAUUGGUGUUCUUAAACAUAUCAUCAAGACGUUUCCAAC